GGGACAUGGCGACGGGCGGCGGGCAGGCAGCCCGCGGCCAGGGCUCUCUGAGGCGGCGGCUGCAGAGUUCGCAGGAAGCGCAGCACCGGCAAGCGGUGCUGGUGCGGAAGCUGCAGGCGAAGGUGCUGCAGUACCAGGCUCGGUGUCGAGAGCUGGAGCAGCAGCUGGAGGCAGGAGGGGGAUCCUUACUGGGCAGGUGGGAAGCUGAGGACCACAGCCUGGAGAAUGCCUUGCAUCACUUGGAAGAGGAGCAGCAGAGGUGUGAGAAUCUGGCAGAGGUGAAUGCUCUCCUGAGGGCACACCUGAAUGAAGCCAAGGAGGUGAAUUCAGCCCUCAAGGAGGACAUUGGAAAGCUGACAGCAGAUUGGAUGAGGGCCAGGGAGGAGCUGGAGCUGAAGGAGAGCGAAUGGAGCAGCGAACGGGAGCUUUAUGACAGCCAUCUGAGGGGGGAACACAAGCGGCUGCUCGGCCUCUGGUGCCAGGUGGUGACCUUCCGCCGCCACUUCCUGCAGAUGAAGACAGCCACUGACCGGGAUCUGUCAGAGCUGAAGGCAGAGCAGCUGAAGCUUUCUGGAUCCAUCCUGGUGCACUGCUCCCACCUGAGCUCUGGCCUGCACCUCUGGGAGUCACUCACUCUGGGGAGAGCUGUCCUGAAGGGUCAGGCACAGCAGCAAGAGGGACAGAACGUGCCCCAGAAGAUGCAGGGAGUGAAGUGCUUACAGGUGCAGGAGGAUCUGGAGAAGAAGGAGCUGCAGGACAGGGUGCUGGAGCUCUCAGCCUUGCUUGUCCAGUCUCAGAAGCAGAAUGAGGAGAAGGAGAGGGCCCUGAAGGCUCUGAAUGCCACAGUGCAGAUCCUGGAAGCAAGUCAGUCAGAAUAUGAAGCUUCAUGGACUAAAAGUGCCAAAGGAGAGAACCUUUCCCUCCAAAAGCUGAUAAAAGAUAUAGCUGAGAUGGUGUUGGAUGGCAGUGGCAGCACUGGCAGUUACCAGCAUGCAGAGGCCAGCAGCAUCCUCUCUCCCUGCCUGAGCUCCCUUGAUGCAGAGCAUGCCCUUCUGUUGGUUCAGGAGGCACUGGCAAAGAGGCAAGGGGCAGCACAGGCCCUUAAAGAAGAGCUCUUUGCCACCAAGGACUCUGUCAGUUGCCUGAUGCAGCAGCACAGACAGCAGGAGGAGAAGUGCAGGAAGCUGCAGCAGAGCCUGGAGCAGCUGGAGGAGGAAUGCAGGAGGUCCAGCAGCCACCAGCAGCACCUCCAGGCUCUGGUGGAAACACUCCGAGGUGACUGUGCCAGUCUGGAGCAGACCAGGGAGGAGCUGCAGCAGCAGCUUGAAGCAGCAAAGCAGGAAGCCUCUGAGCUGCAGCAGAGCAACUCUGAGCUGCAGCAGAGCAACUCUGAGCUGCAGCAGAGCAACACUGAGCUGCAGCAGAGCAACUCUGAGCUGCAGCAGAGCAACACUGAGCUGCAGCAGAGGGAGGAUUCAGCUCAGGGAGAGAAGAUGAAGCAGCAACAGACAAUGGAGGAAGCUCAUCGUGCCCAGGAGCUCCUGCUGAAGGACUUGGCUGCCCUUGAAGGCAAACACUCAUUGUUGCAGAGUGAGUUGGUGGUUGCAAGAGAGACCCUGGAGGAGUCACACCUCCAGAGGGACCUGCUGAAGCAAGAGAAACAAGAGCUUGCCAUGGCACUGGAGAAGGCUGAGCAGUCAGUGGCAGAGCUGACAGGGGCUCAGAACAAGAUGAGUGCUGAAAGAGCUGAUCUGCAGGUGGCAGCAGCAAAGAUGAGCAGCAUCAGUGAAGCUCUGGCUCUGGAUAAAGUGCAGCUGAACAAGCUGCUGCUGCAGCUGGAGCAAGAGAAUGACCUUCUGUCAGGUAGAGUGGGUGAGCUGGAGAGAGCAAAGCUCUCUGACCUGGAGAAGCUGAACUUGUGUGAGAGGAGAAAUGAAGAGCUCAGUGCAGAGAAAGCCAGACUGGAGCAGCUGCUGGAGAAGGCAGAGGAGCAGCAGGAGGGGCUGCAGCUGGAGCUGGUGAGGCUGGCAGAGGAGAAGGCAGAAACCCAAGGGAAGUUCAAUCAGGUUUGCCACCAGCAGGAGCUGGCCAGCAGUGGCCUGGAGCAGCUGCAGCAGGAGGCCUGGCGCCAGGGCCAGGCCUUGGCCAAGGCAGCCAAGGAGAAGGAGGUCCUGGCGCGGGAGAAGGCAGCCCUGGAGGUGCGGCUGGCAGCCCUGCAGAGGGACAGGCACAGCCUGGCAGAGCAGCUGGCAGAGGCCAGGUCAGUGAAGGAGAGCCUGGAAUCCAGCCUGUUUGAGACUCAGCAGCACUUAUCUCAGCUGGAGAUCACCAGGAGUCAGCUUGAGAUGCAGCUUCACACAGUCACCCAGGCCAAGGAGGUGAUCCAAGGGGAGGUGAGGUGCCUGCAGUGUGAGCUGGAAGCAGAGAGGUCUCUGCUGAAGCAGGAGCGAGAGCGCCUGGGCCAGCAGCUGCUGCAGGCAGAGCAGCAGUGGGACACCACCCUCAGGCUCAGGCAAGCUCAGCACCAAGAGGAGAGAAGCAAACUCCUGCAGGACCUGGCAAGAGAGCAGGAAGGGCACCACUCAGAGCUGCAGAGGAUGCUGGAGCAGUGGGAGAGAGAGAAGGCAGAGGCAGAAGGGGAGCAUGAAAGGAAGCUGUUGGAUAUGAAGCAGAAAGUUGCUGCCAUGCAAGCUCAACGAGAAGAAGAGCAAACCAGAGCUGAAAAUGCCAAGCAAGAGGUCCUGCUGGAAAAAGAAAGUGAGAAGAAUGCUGUGCUAGAGACACUUCUCCAAACUCAGGAAGAGCUAAGGGAAGCCUACCAGCAGCUGGAGCAGCUCCAGCAGGAGCUGAAGGAGCAGCAACAGAAUGGGCAGCAUGAGGCAGAGAAGCUGCAAGCAGAGCUGCAGGAGACUCAGGAGGAGAUGAAGGCAGUGGAGAAGAGGCAUGAGGAAGCAAUCAAAACUGUCAGAGAGGAGGUGAAUGUCCUGCUCCAGCAGAGGGAUGCUCUGCACAGAGAGGUGGAAGAGCUGACAUCUCAGCUGGCAGCCUGUGAAGAGUCCCAGCAAGAGAUUGGCCACAAAGCUCAGCAAGAUCUGAGUGAGGCACAGGAACUCUCAAGGCAGAAGGGGAUGGAGCUUGUGCACCUCCAGAAGCUCUUGGAUGAGCAGAAGAUGCAAUGGGAGGAGGUAGAACAUCAGAACAAGGAGCUGCAGGGCUGCCUGCAGGCCUUGGAGGGAGAAAGGACUCGGUGGGAAGAAGUGGAGCAGCAGAAUGUGGAGCUCCAGGCUGUGAUGAAGGCCCUGGAGGGUGAAAAAGCCAGCCUGACUCUGGCUCUGGAAGAGAAGGACCUGAACCUCAGGACCCUGGAAGAAAGCAGCCUUGCCCAGCUCACCAAGGUCUCUCAGCUUGUGGCUGCUCUUCACCAGGCCCAGCAGCUCCACUCAGAGCAGAGAACAGAAAUGAAAGAGCUCCACACCCAGGUAGAGUCCCUGCAGGGAGUGCUGCUGGAGAAGGAGGCUGAGCUGGCAGCUCGAGAGGAGCAGCUGCUGCAGGCUCUGCAGGAGUCCCAGGCUGGGGAACACUGCUUGAGAGACUCUCUGAGCAGGAUGGAGGCUGAGAAGGCUGAGCUGCAUUCAAAGCUCUGCAGCACAGAGAGCAGAGCAAAGGCUCUGGCCACGGAGUGCCAGCUGGCUCAGAGUGCCCACAGGGAAGCCCAGGCCCAGCUGCACAAACUGCACUUGACCCUGCACCACCUGAGCUCUGACAGCAGAGACCUGGCCUCCUGCACUGCAGGCAGCUUGACACAGCUCUGGCUUCUCUCUGCAGCACAGGGCAAUGCCUGGGCUGGAGCUGUCACUCAGGCUGGGGACCUGCCUGCAGAGCUCACAGUGGACAGAGUGGCAGCAGCCCUCCAAGACCUGCAGCAGCACCUGAAGCAGACCCAGCAUGACCUGAAUGAUGGCAAGAAGAAGAUAGAGGACUUGGAGCUGGAGCUGAGCAAGAGGCAAGUUGAGAGGGACCAUCUCAGUGCCCAGAGCCAGGAGCUGCAGAAGCAGUUGGCUCAGAGCCAGGAAGAGACACAGGUGGCAGAGCACCAGAAGAGCUUCCUGCAGGCCAGCUUGCAGGAGGAGGCUGUUGCCCUGAAGGAGGAAGCUAGGAGUCUGCAGCAGGGAGUGGCAUCUUUGGAAAGGAAGCUCCACAGCACUGAGCAGCAAAGAAGAGCUGUCCUGCAGGAACGAGACAGCCUGCAAGCCCUGAAAGAAAAACUGGCCUGGGACAUAAAACUGCUUCAGGAGUCAGUCACAGCCUCUGAAAGCAGAGCAAACACAGCCACAGAUAUGAACCACUGCCUGGAGCACCAGCUCCAGACUACACUCUCUGUCUUAAACAUGAAAAAUGAGGAGAUGGAGACCCUGUGGGAGAAAAUCCAGGUGCUCCACAGGGAAGCAGCAGAGGGCAAAGCUCUGCAGGAGAAGCUCACUGCCAUCCUGUCAGAGAGGGAGGGAGAAGUGAGGUUAUACCAGGAACAGGUGAGAGUGCUGGAAAAGCAGAAAGAAAUGCAUCAAAAUGCUCUUGAUCAGGUUAGAGAGGACAUGACAGAGGGAAAACAGAAGGCAGAGUCCCAGCAGAAACACAUAGAGGAGCUGGAGAAGCAGCAGGAAGAACAAAGGGUUGCUGUAGGCAAAAUGAGCAAAGACCUGGAAGAGAGAGACAGAGAGAUCAGAUCCCAGCAAGAGCAGAUACAGGACCUGGAGAAGCAGCAAGAAACACAGAAGGCUGCUGCCAGGAACAUGAGCAGAGAGCUGGAGGAGAGGGAGCAGCAGAUCAGGUCCCAGCAAGAACAGAUACAGGACCUGGAGAAGCAGCAAGAGCUGCAGAAGACUGCUGCCAGGAACAGGAGCAGAGAGCUGGAGGAGAGGGAGCAGCAGAUCAGGUCCCAGCAAGAGCUGAUAGCAGAGCUGGAGAAGCAGCAAGAGCUGCAGGAGGCUGCUGCCAGGAGCAGGAGCAGAGAGCUGGAGGAGAGGGAGCAGCAGAUCAGAUCCCAGCAAGAGCUGAUAGCAGAGCUGGAGAAGCAGCAAGAGCUGCAGAAGGCUUCUGCCAGGAACAUGAGCAGAGAGCUGGAGGAGAGGGAGCAGCAGAUCAGGUCCCAGCAAGAACAGAUACAGGACCUGGAGAAGCAGCAGGAAUUGCAGAUUACUGCCAGCAAGGUGAGCAGAGAGCUGGAGGAGAGGGAGCAGCAGAUCAGAUCCCAGCAAGAGCUGAUAGCAGAGCUGGAGAAGCAGCAGGAAACACAGAGGACUGCUGCCAGGAACAGGAGCAGAGAGCUGGAGGAGAGGGAGCAGCAGAUCAGGUCCCAGCAAGAGCUGAUAGCAGAGCUGGAGAAGCAAAGAGAGCUGCAGAAGACUGCUGUGAGCAGAGAGCUGGAGGAGAGGGAGCAGCAGAUCAGGUCCCAGCAAGAGCUGAUAGCAGAGCUGGAGAAGCAAAGAGAGCUGCAGAAGACUGCUGUGAGCAGAGAGCUGGAGGAGAGGGAGCAGCAGGAGCUGAAAAGAAUGACUCUAGAGCCAGAGUGUACAUCCCAAGUGAGAAGUCUGCUCCUGGAAGUUGACCACAUGAAAGGACACUUGAAGGAGAAAAACACAGAGCUGCUGUCUCUGACCCAGCAGGUCCAGGAGCUGGAACAGGAGAGGGAGCAAGUGCAAGCUCUGCAUGCAAGCCUUGAGCACCUGAGGGCAGUUCUGAAGGACAGAGAGAGCCAAUGUGAGUCUCAAAGGGAUCAGUUAAGACUCUUCCAGCAGUACAAGGACCAGCAAGAGGAGCACCUGCAAGAGCUUCACAGCAGGGUGGAAAAGAUGACUCUCUCCUUAGCUGAAAAAGAUCAAGAGCUGGAAUUGCAGCAAAAGCAAAUCCAGGAAGCUGAAGUGGUGAUGGGAAUGCAGCUAAAGACUGUCCAGGACCAGCUGGAGCAGGCCUUGGAAACCUUAAAAGAAAAGGACAGGCUCCUGGAAACCCAAAAGGAAGGGAGAGGGAACUCUGAGGGGCAGCCAGAAGAGCAGGGCAGUGCCUUGCACAGAGGCUCCGGACACACCAAGCCAGGCCUGAAGGAAGAGGCUGAAUCUCAGGAGGAAGUGAUGGAGACCUUCCAAGAACAAGAUGCUGACCAGCAGAAGGAAGUUCUGCAGCCUCCUCAAGUGGCUCUAAAGGAACAAGGGCAAGAAAUCUUCAGUCUGAGAGAGCAAUGUGAGGCAUGCAAGGAAAGGGAGGGAAAGCAGGGAGCUGAGCAGGCAAAGCUUCAAGCAGCAAGAGAGACUCUGAAGGACAGGGAAAGGAGGAUCAGAGUCCUGGAGGAGGCUGUGGCCCGACUCCAGCAGCAAAAGGAGGAGGCAGAGAUGCAGAUUAAAGCCCAGCUGCAAGCUCUAGAAUCUUCCCUAGGAGCUAGGGACCAGGAGAUAGGAUCUUGGCAGGAGCCUGUCCAGGAGCUUCGAGGGCUGAAGGAGUCGGAAAGCAGCAAGGCCGAGAGGCUGCGGCAGGAGCCGGACAGGAGAAGCCAAAUGGAGCAGCAGAGUGGUUUGGAGUUCCUCAGGCAGGCAAAGCCAAUGGACAGCUUCCAGCUUGGUGAAGGAGGCAGGAAAGGAGCACUGACAUCAGGGCAGAAGCAGGUGGUGGUGCUUCAGGAAGCGGUGAGGAAGAGAGAUGAGGACAAUGGAGCUCCGGCGCGAAGGGCACGGCGCCAGGAAGGGCUGAGGAGCUGGCAGGCUCUCCAGCUUGGGCUGCCCAGGAAGGAGGAAGAGGUCAGGGAGCACAGAGAGCAAGAGCAGCUCCUGGAAGAGGCCUUGCCUCAGGGGGGAGAAGUGAGCAAGGCUCAAGGUGAGCAAGGAGAGCUGGAGGUGAGAGCUCCUGGGGAAGAGCUGCACCGUGCUCAGCACACUCUGGGCCGGCAGAGAGGCAGAGUGAGGUCUUCAGAGGAGCCUCUGGCAGGGAGAGAAGAGGAGCUGAGGAGGCAGAGUGAGCUCCUGAAGCAGCUCACAUCAGCUUGGCAGUGGAAGAGCGGAGGGGAGAGCCUGCAGAGGCACAUCCAGAAGCUCCAGCAGUGGGAGGAGGAGGAAGCAGAGAGGAGGAGAGCGCUGCAGGAGAGGGACUCCCUCCUGGCCGGGCAGCGGGAGCUGAGCCGGCGGCUGGCGCAGGAGCGCAAGGCCAAGGAGGAGGAGCUGCAGCGUGUGGUGGCUGCUCUCAGGCAGACUGAGAGCGCAGAAAUCGAGUGGAAGGAGAAGGCCCAGGGGCUGGGCCAGGCCCUGGCCAAGAGUGAGCUGACCAACAGCACCCUGAGGGAGGAGAUAGCCAUCCUGCAGAGCAUGGUGUCAGACAGGGACAAGGACCGCUUCCACCUUCAGGUAAGCACUGAGGGUGGUGAGAGCCUGGCCCAGCUCCUGGAGUCGCAGCGGCUGCAGCGCCUGCAGCGAGCGGUGGCGAAGCUGGAGCUGGAGAAGGUGGAGCUGAAGCAGCUCAAUGCUGAGCUCAAGAGGACUCUGGAGCAGGUGGAGUGUGAGCGGAGGAGGCUGAAGAGAUGCUGCAGUGCUCAGUCCCUGCCAGGGGCAGGAGGAUUUCCUCUCUCCCAGCCUGACCAGCACAAGCUGCCUGCUUCUAGACAGGGGAAGUGUCCCACAGGCUGCUGCCAUCAGCUGGCUGAGCUGCAGAACCAGGUGUCCCUGCUGGGGGCACAGCUGGCACAGGAGAGGAAGCACAAACAGGACUACAUCAGGAGCUGUGCCAGGACCAGCCAGGAGCUGUCAGACCUUCACCAGGAGCUCUCUGACUCCUUGGCAGCUGUGGUCAGGGAGCCCCAGGCUGCUGUGCUGGAGGCAGAGGCCAGGAAGCUGGAUCGCUCCCUGACCCUGACGGUGUCCCUGACGGCCCUGGGCCAGCAGGCUGCUGAGAGGCAGCCUCUGCAUUCCACACCCAGAGCCCCCACAGGGGAUGGCCUCAGCUGA